AUGGAGAUGAUUAAUUCUCUCCUUUGUCAGAUAUUUGCUUGUGUCGAAGAGCGUAAUCCAGAAGCACGACGUCGCGCACAAGAGUUACUACCCCGACUAAUUCGCAUUUUUGGCUGGGAUUCAGUGCUACGUUCUGCAAAUAGUAUGAGAGCGACCUCUCGUGACCCUCUCAUGGUUCAUUUGGAGAAAGCCCGUGAAAUCGCCAAGAGCCUCGUGGCCGUGACUACAUCGUCCGGAGCAGCUCCUCUCUCUCUUGUGUCUGAAAUGGGUGCAAAGGAUCGAAAUUCCAAGCUCGGAAGCAAGUCAUCUGAAUUGACGCAUGGCGGAUCCGUCAGAACUGUGGUUCCUAAUCGACAGAUCUCCGGCGCUCAGGAAACCGAAGAGGAUGUUAUAGGUUUCGAGGGUAAGGUUACUUUUUUUUGGAAUAAUAUUUACGAUGUUACUUGA